AUGAACUCGGCGAGAGCAGAUCACCCCGCGCCGCAAUCUUCUGCACGAUGCUCAGAUGCUGCUUCCUCGCACGAUUCCUGGAGUGCCAAUGCCGACAUCCCUUUUUGGGCGAGGAAGAUCUGGGACCGGGACAACGACGCGGCUCGUUCCAACAGUUGGCAAGGAGAUGAUCAGAGCAAAGACUUUGAUCGAGGAAAGGGCAAGGACCGAGGCAGAGAGAAGGGCAAGGAGAAAGGAAGAGAAAAGGGCAAGGAGAAAGGUAAGGGCAAGGGAAAGGGUAAAGACAAGGGCAAAGACGGGACGCCGGAAAGGUGUCAAAGUGACUCUCCUUUGCGGACGUGUCCCACAAGUCCGAGCCCGCGUAGGUCACGAAUCGAGGAACGGCUUGGAGGGAAGCUGCCCACGCCACGUCGAAGUCGUUCCAGAGGAGCUCGGGACAGGAGCCGACGCAGAAUACCUGGCAGAAUGUUUGAGACAGGUGCCGGGCGGCGAAGGGCAUCGCGCAGCCGAAGGCGCCGUGCCGGAGGCCGGCGAAGACGGUCUGUGAUAAGGGAUAGACGUCCACGCUCAGCCGGUCGAACAGCCCGGGAAGAUGCUCGGCGGGCCAGAACUACCGAGACUCGACGGAGCCGCAGCGCGAAGCGAGGCCCAACAGGCCCAAGAUCUCCUUUCGGUGUAUUGAGGUCUGUGUCGUCGCCGAAGAUGUCACCGAAGGUUGCGAAGGAGGCUCUUAAACUUUCGGAGCCUCGGCCACCGGAGCCAACUGCUCAGAGCAAGGCGAAGGCCAAGGCACGCAGCGGCAGCGCCUCCAGCUAUUCUUCCUCUGCCAGUAUGGAGACCAGGCCCAAAGCAUUUGCCAAGCCAAAGGCAGACAAAGACGAGCCAGAGGAGGAGGAGGAGAUGGAGGAGAAGGAGGAGAAGGAGGAGAGCGAGCGCGAGGAGGCGGAGGCCGAGGCAUCGCCAAUGUCUGAGGCGACGAAGCUCCCGGAGCCCGAAGCAAAGUCCAAACACAAGGGCUGCAGCAGCAGCGGGAGUGACUCCUCGGAUGGCAGCGCGAGGCCGCAGUCGACCAAGCGCCAGGCCAGCCAGGAGGCAAAGAAGGACAAGAGCGAGCACGAGAAAAGUGAGGAAGAGCAGCAGCAGGAUGCUGUGGAAGACGGGGUCAAGGCCGAGGUGGAGGCCGGCGAGGUCUUUGCCGAGGUUCACAUCAUGGCAGAUGAUGGUUUCGAUCUUUCUCCAGGCUUUCUCGCCGCCGCCAGAGAGCAGCUGGCAAAGCUCAAAGUGAAAAACACAUUCUUUGAUGUGGUGGAUUCCGAAGACGAGGAGGGGGCUCUUCGCUUCGGCAGUGUGUACAGCUGCCCGGCGAAGGGCUCUGAGGAGGCGUUCGACGCCAUCGACGCAUCCGAUCUCCCGGCAGGAUCGUCCUUGCCAAUGGUGCCAGCUCCCCCGCACGUCCCACCACCACUUCCGAGGCUUCAGCCUGGGCCAGAGCGACCCUGCCUGCUGACCAGCAGCCCUGUGACAAGCCCGAAGCAUGGAAGUGGCAGAGAGGAUGAGCCGACCCACACGAGUCCCUUCAAAGUUGGGGCAAUAUCUUGUGCAGAUGCUUCAGAUUCCGACGCUAGCAGGAUCAGCCAUUCCCGCCCACAGCGUGCCACGGACGUAGCGGACGGGUUUGAAGAGGAACCUGCCUCGUCCUCCUCGCAGACCCGUCUGCGGCCCAAAAAGGGCUUCCCGGCCUCCGAGACUUUCCCAGCCAUCGAGCCAUUGGAAACCCGGCGCCCCCAGCAAUCGUUGGGAUCGCAAGUCCAUGGCACUGGCAACUGCAAACCUUGUGCCUGGUUUUGGCGGCCACAGGGCUGUGCCAAUGGCGCGGAAUGUGGCCAUUGUCACCUUUGCUCUGCUGCAGAGUUGAAGGCCAGGAAGAAGGCUAAGAAGUCGGCAUCCCAGCGCCUCAGGGCCGCGGCUGCUGCGGCACAGGCAUCUCCGCAGGAGAAGCAAUCGCCGACAGUGCCUGUUGUCGCAGUGGCGCCUGGGCCGAUCAUCGUGCCAGCUAUACUACUGCAGUGA